AUGAAUUAUCCAAAAUUUAUAGGAGAAACAUUAGAAUUUGAUCCUCUUUAGAAACCGCCUAGAUUAUAAUAUGCACUACAACAUUAAGUAAAUUUUUUGUAGUGAUAUAUUUUAGUUAGCAACAAGUUGUGGUUAGAAUGUUAAAAAUUCUAAUUACUGUCAAUGUUGCGGACUUAGUAUAGAUAAAAUACCGCUACCUUUAAAUAUUGACAUUAUUAAUUUAGCAUUCUUAGGAUAAGGUGUUCCAUUAUUUUUUAAUUUAAUGCAGCUCAUCAUACUACUGCACUUCGUAUUAUUUUUUAUUUUUACAGUUCCUAACGUUUCUCAGAAUUAUUUAGCAAAUAAUUGCAUUGCUCCUAAUAAUUAUGCAUAUCAAUAUUGGAAAUAUAAUGGAUGUGAAUAAAAUUGUCCACUUUCUCAUUCAGAUUAUUAAUAUUUUGAGAAUUUAUUUUCAGAUUGUCAGACCAUCUGUUAACAUUAUUCUGAUAUUUGUAUACAAUCUCAAACCUCAAUAAUAUCGUAUAUAAAUAAAUAAUUUGAAGAUGAAUCAAAAUUGAUCUAGUCUUCAUUGAUUCUAGGCUCAGUAAUAAUUCUUAAAAUAUUAAUGGUAUUGAUUAGAGAGAAAUAACGUAAGAUAGAAUAUGCAAUUGAUAAAGAAUUAUUAUCUCCAUCUGAUUUUACAGCCAUCUUGAACAAUUUACCAAAAAAUGAUUAUAAUGAAAAAGAAUUAAAAAUAGCUUUGGAACAAUAUUGUAAAGAAUUUGAUCCCAGAAAUAACUAUGAAGUAGUAAAGGUUAAUAUCGCCUAUGAUAUAGCUUAAUAUGUUGAUAAAGGAAGACAAAAGAUAAAAUUAGAAAAAUUACUUGAGAAAUCAUCUUCUAGCAAUAAAGAGAAAUUAUAAAAAUAAAUUAAAGAAAUUUCAAACCAGUAACAAUUAAUAGAAGCCUAAAUAGAAAAUGGUUCAUAUUAACAGACUACUCAAAUAGCUUUCAUUACAUUUCAGACAAAAAAAUGUAUUUUAAGAUCAUUGAUUUUAGAAUUACAAAAUUUAUUAGAGUAAACAAAACUCUCUUAUUGGGAAGCAUUUAUGAUUACCUUAAAAUCAAUUAUAAAAAAGAAAGACAGAAGAGGAUUCUACUUUAAGCACAAUUAUAUAGAAAUUUCUAGAGCUCCUGAACCAGAUGAUGUUUUUUGGGAGAAUUGUGGUACAGAUGAAUAUAAUCAUCUUAAAAGAAGAAUAUUAAGUUGGUUCGUUGUUUUUUUCUUGUUGGGUAUAUCUCUGAGUACACUUUAUGGUUUAAAUGUUUUCUAAGUAGAAUUUAAUGAUAAAUUAGAAUCAUUUUUUGUUGACUUCAAAAAACAACCAAUUUGUAAUGAAAACAAUGGCUUCAUUAUCAAAAUCCUUGAUAAUCACGAUUGUAGAUGGACUUAUCUAUUAUUUUAUAACUUUAUUAGCUAAUUAAGAGAGACAUGUUACUAAAACUUCGUAGGAUACUUCAAUAGCUGAAAAACUAAGUUAUGUUUAAUUUAUCAAUUCAUGUUUACUAUUGAUAAUUAUUAAUGUACUUGGAACUUACUAUUAAUAUUCAUAAUAAGAUAAAUAACUAUUAAAUUUCGCUGUAUAAUAAUAGGGAGGAAUAGCAGAUGACAUUUUAUAUGUAUCUGGUACUAAUGCUCUUUUAGUACCAUUAUCAGUUUAUUUCAAUGUCUUUUAUUUUAUUAAGAAAUUAAAAUAAUUGAGAAUUGAAAAAUAUACUGAUUUAAAUUAAAUGGAAGCUAAUCAAUUGUUUGAAGGUCCUUAAGUCUCAUUUUAUGAUUAGUAUUCAUAUUUAUGUAAGACUACUUGGCUUACACUUUUCUUUGCUCCCAUAACACCUAUUUCAAUCUUAUUUGGAUUGAUUGGCUUAAUAUUAUAUUACUGGAUAUAAAAAUAUUUGCUUUUCCGAAGAAAUCGUAAACCUCCAUUUCAAAGUAGUCAUCUCGAUAGAGAAAUGCUCAGCUUAUUAGAUUUAAGUCCACUUCUCUUAAGCACGAUGUAAUUUCUGAUAGAUUAUUCAUUUCAUUCAAGUUAAUUGUGUUAGACAAUUAAUGUUGCAUCUUUGGCAGUCUCUGGCUUAGAACUAAUCAUUCCUACAUGUAGAAUACAUAGAAUUUUGUAUAAGGAUGUUUAUGAAGAAGAAUUAUAAGUUCGAUAUGAGGAUAUCUAUUUAAAAUUGUCUACUGAUUAUGAUAGAACUAAUCCUUUAACUUAGUAAGUAGCUAUGCAGGAAUUCGUAAAGAAUAAAUUAAAAAGAAAUAAUGGUCCAUUACUUUUAGAACUCUCAUAAAAUUUGAAUGGUAGCAAACCAAAAAGGAAUUAAGCUUUACAAGAUAUAAUUUUUAAAGGUAUAUGCAAUCCAAAAAAAAUUAGAAUGAAAAUAUUGAAAUAAAAAUUACAACUAAUUGUCAAAAUGAGACAAAUCAGAAAUUUAAAACAUCCAAUUAUUUUAGAUAGAGAAAUUUAAUAGAAUUAGCUUGCUUUUGAUAAAUUUGAAUCUAAGCAAUCUAGUGAAUUAAAUUCACCUACUUAUUUAAAAACUCCAGAGUAUAAUUUUUCAUCUAUCAUUAACAUCUAACCAUAAUUGUUAUCAUAGUAAUAUCAUAGCGAUAAUAUAGAUAUUAAUUCUACAGCUUCCUAAAAUAAAAGCGCUUAUUUAGAUACUCCAAAAUACUACUUUAGUUCUAAAAACAACUUUAUGUUCAAAAAUAUUCAAAAGUGUAAACAAUAAUAAGUUUGA